UGGAGUGACUGGAGCCUUUGGAGCCAUUGUUCUGGGACGUGUGGCAGAGGAACGAUGACACGACAAAGAACUUGUACAAGUCCUAGGCCUGCUCAUGGCGGUGCCAGCUGUGUUGGAACAACUAUAGAAACAAAAAGCUGUAGAACUUAUCACCACUGUCCAAUAGUCGAUGGGGGCUGGAGUAACUGGAACCUUUGGAGCCAUUGUUCUGGGAACUGUGGCAGAGGAACGAUGACACGACAAAGAACUUGUACAAAUCCCAGCCCAGCUCAUGGCGGUGCCAGCUGUGUUGGAACAUCUACAGAAACAAAAAGCUGUAGAACUUAUCACCGCUGUCCAACCAGUGGUGGCUGGAGUCAGUGGAGCCCGUUUAGCCACUGUUCCAAUACUUGUGGAGAUGGGAGGAAGUACAGAACAAGGACGUGUUCUAACCCUAGACCUGUCAACGGAGGCGCAGAUUGUGUUGGUCUGUCGUCCGAGUCCAUCGCCUGUAGACAUCGUCGUCAAUGUCCAGUUGACGGCCAAUGGAGUAGUUGGAGUCCAUACAGUACUUGCAGUACGACUUGUGGAUAUGGUACAACAAUACGAUACAGGUCUUGUUCGAAUCCAGCGCCAUUACAUCGAGGAAAGUCGUGUUAUGGGAGUACUUCAGAGAAGAAACCGUGUUACAUUGCUCCAUGCCCUG